UUUAAAGAAUAACAUAGAUUUUUUUAGACAAAGCCAGUGAAAGCAUUUAGCACUUUUAAUACCUCAAACGAAUGCUUUCAAAUGAACUCUCUUCCUGUGAAAGACUUUGCUGGAUUUCAAACUCCCAUAUAUGAUUUCCAACAAAGCCUUAGGCUUAGUGACUGUACCAUCCCUGGGAGGGCUGCAAAACAGCCAGAGUGCUGCACUCUCACAGGGUCACAUGGACAUCAGAUCUACAGACCACCUGAAACACCCACCAAGAGCCAGAAAUCGAAAGCUUCCAACCCCAAGGAGACACACAAGUCCAGCUGUGCACCUGUGCUCAGCAGCACAGUGGUGACAAACCAGGAAUCUCAUCAUCUGGACCCCAGAUUCAUCCAAGCUGUCUCCACCAAGGUAUGUAUGGGUGGGGAGACCCAGUAUAAGUGCUCCAGCUGUCUCCGCUUCUAUGGAAGCCUGGCUGGCCUCCAGCUCCACAUUGCACACGGCUGGAAGGAAGGGUUCAGCUGCAGGGUUUUCUACCAGAAACUCAAGGAAAUGCAGGAGAAGAAGCGGGCACAAAAGAGUAGCCAGGUGUCGACCACAGACACCCAGAGCCAUUCUCUUUCUAAUGAAAGUGAUACCCAAAGUGGAGGAAGGAAGAGCAAAACCAGCGAGGAGUUAUUAGAACCAGCGAGGAAAAAGCCGGACGUGGCGGGUUCUAUUCUGAAAUGGCUGUUGAAAGUGGAAGGACCUGACACGUAUCAGUGAUUACUGACGCCCUCCAAUCUGAACACAAAUUAAAUAAAUUCUAUCAUAUUAUUAUGAAAUACAGUAUGAUAUGAUUGUAUUUAAUUAACAAUAAAAUAUUA